UGGGGUCAGAUGGGGGUGGGGGAUGGGGUCCGGAUGAAUACCGGCUGGCCGCAGUUAGUUUUUCGGGGGGAAGCGCCGAGGAAGGCGGGGAAAGGGGAAAGGGGAGCGGAUCGUAUGGAGAGCUAUGGGUGCUAUGGAGUGCUAUGGAGUGCUUUUUUUCUGCGGAGGGUUUUUGAAUCUUGCUUUGAAAGCAACUUGGCUGCAGGUGGCGGUGACGGGAAAGGGGGCGGUCUUGGAGAUUGUUCGCAAGGCGACCGAGCUGGCUGGCUGGUGGUGGGAGUUAGUGGUGGUGGUGGUGGUGGUGGUGGUAAUGGUGGUGGUGGUGUUGUUGUUGUUGGUGGAGGUGCAGUUUGAAGGUCCGCCUGGAGAGGAACUGCCGGCCGGCCCGCUUGCAUGGCUCCACAGACGACAUACACGCGGCAUCAUUCGAUGGGGGAUUUCAAGUGCCAUGAGCGUGACGAGUUGUCAAGUGCCAUGAGCAUGACGGAGAUGCGGGGGGAGAGGCGAUCUCUUUGAUACCGAUACUCAGUUAUGACAGUUCGCCAGUGACUCCAGUCCGCAGCUGGCGAUGAUACGGUAUCUUCGGCUCAACUCUUCAGUAGUACGAGGCCACAUCUCAC